AUGAGAGGAAAGAAAGAGUUAUUCAUGCUGAUCACAGGACUGGUGUUGUUCGUAUCUGACCUUGUCACAGAUAUUGUUGUGGCUGUCCACUACAAGCAUAAAGAAGAAUAUCAUUGGUUUGGAUUGACAUUAUUUUUGAUUAUCGUUCCAUAUAUUAUUAUCAAUGGUAUGGCUACCUAUCAAGCUACACUUGAAAAAACUUGUGCAGAUGCCAGCUGCUAUUCAAUGUUCUUAUGUUCGUCAAUAUUUGUGAGUUUUGGUAGAGAGUUCAUCAACUGGAAGAAUAAGUAUCGGGAUAACCAUCCUUGCAGAGAAAACUACACGGAAUGCAAUUGCACGGAUUGCAAACAGUACAGAGAGAUAAUCAUUACGUCCAACAAGUCAACAUACGACUUUGCGUGGAUACAUUAUGUAGAGUCACUUAUGGAGUCCACUCCUCAAUGGUGUCUAAAGGUUUACAUCAUGUUACGUCAGUGGAAGUUCCCAUGGACUACCGUCCUCUCAGCCGUGUUUUCCUUGCUUUCCUUAGCAUGGAAUAUCACCACUCUUGAGAAAGCAAGAAUAACCAAAGAAGGCUAUCAUUUCAAAUUGCUGCCAACCAUUGUAUAUUUUAUUAAUCAAUUGAUUGUUUUAAUGUCCCGUCUAUUUGCGAUUGUAAUCUUCGCGUACGAAUUUAAAGUUGUUGUUUUCUAUCUUCUGCCUUUUCUUUGGUUAAUAUCGUGUGUUCUAUUAACAGUUGUAGCCUGUAUCCAGAGGUGCUGUGGAAAUAUGCUUUUUUGUGACUUUUCGUUAUUUGACAGAUGCUCUAAACUUCUCGAAAGCUUUCCGCUUACGUUUUUUGUGUCAGAAGCUGUUCUCGAAUCGUUUGGUUUCGGUUCAUUCGCUGUUCAUUGUUUCAUGUUUUGCGUAAAAUCCUUAGAGAACUUUCUCAUGGUUGGAAUGGCUGUUGAAUCACCUGAUGACGAGACACACAUGAGUAUACUGACACCAAUUGCCUGGGCAUCGUUUACCAUAGGCUUUUUUGUAGGCAUCAUUUUACUUAUAGUCUAUAACAAAAAACUCAAACCAAAACACAAAACAGAAGAGCCGCUAGUUACAGUCGAUAACGAAAAUAUCAGAGAG